AUGGGUGACCUAAUCAAGUUUUUCAAAUCUAAAAAUCUGGAUAGAAAAUUCGCGAAAUUAGGUGAAGGCCAUCGACUUAAUGAUGGGAACAUUUCUCAUAAUAGUACCUCAAAUAGUAAAAACAAGUCUGAGCCUGCUGCAAUGCCAGGGUCAUCUUCGAAAGCAGCAGAAGCAGCAAUGUCCAGGUUGACAAUAUCAAGGCCCCCAACUGCCGGUAAUCGGACAGUUUCUGUGAAUGUGUUUACCCAGAGUGGUGGGAAUUCGCGAAAUCAGUCAGUCGGAGUAGGGCAUGAACAACAAACUGUACAGCAGGUGGAUGCAGAAAAACCUGCUGUUAUUCCAAGAUUAUUGUUUUGGUGUCCCAACCUGUUCGGUGAUACAGUAAUGGGAUCUCGAGAUGAAGUAGAACAAGCUAUUCAAAAUUAUCUUUUGUCUGAAUCCAAUUGUAAUACAAAUGAAGCUGUUGUUUUAAUGCUUAUACGAGGGCUAGAAAGAAGCAAAGUGCCACCAUCUCAUAGUACUACAACUUCUCUUAGUGAAAUCAAAGAAAAUAGAAAGCAAAAUAUUAUUCGAAUUCUACAAAAUCUCAUUCAGACCCCAGAGAAUCCAUUAUAUCGGCGUUUACGCGCUUCAAACAGACUGAUACAAGAUCUGCUUUCCAUUGAUGGAAUGGAACCAUUUUUAAAAGCAUGCAAAUUCACAAAACAAUUGUUACCUGUUAGUCGCCCGGAUAAAAGUAAUGCAGAUUCAGCUGAACAGCUCAAUGAAGAGGUUGUUGAAAAUGAAAUCUUCUAUGUAAUAUCAGAAGAGGAUGCAAAAAAUCAAGAGUAUUUAGAGAAAUUAUUGAAUCUUUUCAUUACAGCUGAUCCUAUCCUACCUGAAUUAUAUCGUGAUACAAAAGUAUACAGGGCAACUGGUCGUGCUUUAUCCUGUAUUUCUCGUGAACAUCUUCCGGAUGAAUUUUUCCUUGCAACGAAAGAAGAUCUUCGAAGAGCCAUUGAUCAACAACAGCAAAUUAUAGAAGAAAGUGGUAUGCUGCUUACUAAAGCAAUGAGAGAACGUUUAAAAACACAAGGUUUGAAAUUAUUUCGUUACACUAUUAUCCGUGUUCGGCUUCCGGAUAAUCUUAUUCUUCAGGGUACAUUUUACGCUGUUGAUAAACUCCUGACAGUACGCCAAUGGAUUUCAGAAUGUUUCUCUGAACCAUGUUCAUUUCGUUUGUAUACUCCGCCUAGUGUACAAUUAGCUGCACGUUUAAAAGUACCACCAACAACACAAGUUGAAUUAACCGAUGAUGAUGCCGGUUUAAGUGAAAUGGGUUUAGCACCUUCCAGUUUAAUUAAUUUAAUCUAUGAAGAAGAUCAACAGCAAAGAAAGACAUCAACCCGACUACGAGCUGAUUUGAGUCGAUCAAUCGAAACAAUUUAA